UUCUCCCCCUUGUUACUUCUGGCUUUACUCCUUACCCUGGCUUUGAGUCCUUUGCAGCCAAAGAUCAGUAGUCUGCUCUGCUAUCCACCAUGGCCCACCUCAAGGAGGACGGGCCCUCGCGCGCUGUUCAGCAUCAUGCUUCGGAUGGAGAUGACUUGCCAUCAAUGAGUAUUGGAAAAUACCUGAUUACUCGAGUUCCAACCCUAGUGCCGCCCAUGAAUCCUGCUCCCAAUCCUAUCAAAGCUCUUACUCUGCUCACAGGCAAGCAAUGGCUCUUCUUCGGGGUCGCUUUCUUCGGUUGGACAUGGGAUGCCUUUGAUUUCUUUACCGUCUCUUUGACCACCACUGAGCUCGCAGAAUCCUUCGAUAAAUCAGUAACAGAUAUCACCUGGGGUAUCACCCUGGUGCUGAUGCUCCGGUCCAUCGGAUCGAUCGCCUUUGGCAUAGCCGCCGACCGAUGGGGCCGAAAAUGGCCCUUUAUUGUGAACAACCUCUUGUUCAUAGUGUUGGAGCUAGGGACAGGGUUCUCUCGGACAUAUCGCGAGUUCCUGGCUUGUCGUGCUCUCUUUGGAAUUGCCAUGGGAGGCCUAUACGGCAACGCUGCUGCUACUGCGCUUGAAGACUGUCCAAUGGAGGCGCGUGGAAUUGUUUCGGGUCUGCUUCAACAAGGCUAUGCAUUUGGGUAUCUGCUGGCAACUGCUUUCGCGCGCGGGCUGGUUGGCACGACCUCGCACGGGUGGAGACCCCUGUUCUGGUUUGGGGCAUGCCCUCCAGUCUUGAUUAUUAUCUAUCGGCUAUGUCUGCCCGAGACCGACGCCUUCAUCGAGCGCCAGAGGACUCGAAAUGCUGUCCGAGGUGGAGUGACAUCGACCUUCCUAUCGGAGGGCCGGACAGCCUUGAAGCGACACUGGUUGCUCUUGAUCUAUCUCGUUUUGCUGAUGGCAGGUUUCAAUUUCAUGUCUCAUGGCUCGCAAGAUCUCUACCCGACCAUGCUCAAGAGUCAGUUUGGCUUCUCGGCUGAUGCCGUCACUGUUACCCAAGUUGUUGCCAACUUGGGAGCAUUGACGGGAGGAACCCUGUGCGGCUGGGCGAGUCAGAUCUUCGGACGACGAUUUUCAAUCAUCGUGGUCAGCAUCGUCGGCGGUGCCCUCCUCUACCCAUACACUUUCGUGACCUCGACAAACGUCACGGCGGCUGCCUUCUUCGAGCAAUUUUGCGUGCAGGGUGCUUGGGGUGUGAUUCCCAUCCACCUGAUGGAGCUGUCCCCAGGCUCGAUUCGCACUUUUGCCGUGGGUACGGCUUACCAGCUGGGUAACCUGGUGUCGUCGGCUAGCUCUACGAUUGAAUCGACGAUCGGAGAACGGUUCCCCCUUCCCCCUUCGGAUACCGGAGCCAAACGGUACCAGUAUGGCAAGGUGAUCUGCAUCUUCAUGGGAUGUGUGUACGCAUAUGUGAUUUUGAUCACCUUCUUGGGUCCUGAGCGGCUGGGGCGUCAGUUCGAUGUCGCGCACGAUGCGGACAUGGCGGAAGUGACGGCCCAUCGCGGCGUGGAUGGUGAGAAUACCGAGAGUGACCCAGAGAAGGGCACCGUGCGGACACUAGAAGGUUGAUUGACGCGACGAAAAUGCUUUUGUUUACUUUUAGUAUGAAGAAAUCUACGAUGCAACGAUUCAGCAUUCAAAUAUUUAUGGACUACUUGAGGAAUGAAGAAUGUGGUGGCGGCGAUUUCUGAGCCCUAGCCAUGCAUAGCCAUACAUCUAAUUGGAUUCCGAUUUGUUGCCCGACGAU